AUGCUCAUACCUCCUUCCACGGUCCAGGGUGACCGUCUGCUGGAGUACCUGGACUUCCUAAGGCUUCAGGCCACAGCAGCUCGUGACAAGGAGUUUACUAGCAACCACACCAAGGACUGGUACCAUGGAAUGCCCGCACCGUACACUCUAGUGAAGUAUGCUCCGUUCGAGCAGUUCAACAAGGCCCACUUUGGACAAGCCAUGAACUCAGAGGUGUACUUGAGCCCUCAUGUCCAGUUGGAAGAGGUGGCGCUACCGCAUUCAGAUACGAGAUCCAGCUCUGUCAGCCAGCUGCUGAAGCGAUCGGAUGAUAAGCUGGACUACGCCGAGAACUUCAAGCGUGACUGGGAUGCCUCGUCCUUCUCUGGAUACUUCCAGCUUCCCAACUUCUCCUACUCCACGCUGCAGCCCCGCAAAGACUCAGCGGAAGGAACAGGCCAAUUCUGCUACCAGACCCACUUUGACGUGGAGAACCUCACGGUGAUGUUUGGUGGCUUAGUGGUCGACGCCAGACAGAGCUUGAAGUGCCUAGGAAUCCCUCGUCUGACUGACUUGUCUCGAAUUUCCGUCUACUUCCCCUAUGACUUGCCUCCUCACAUCAACAAGCACGUUCUCAUGUCCCCCUGUGUCACGCAGAACACCGACAUGAUAUUGUUUGAUGCCAUGAAGGGCACUGUUCAGGCUAACCCCAUCAAACUUUACUCUGAGAAUCACCCGGGCAAUAUCUGUGCUAUGGAGGGCACAAUGAUCGCUGAUUCAUACGUAUUUUACAGUGGUGGCUUCCAUGUCGAUGUGGACAAGGUGGAGUACAAGGAGGAGAUCAACAGAUGGAUCGUUCACAAGUCCAUCAGGCUCAACGAGUAUGGCUUUAUUCUCGACGUGAGAACAAAGCAGUUUACGCAGAUAAAGAUAAAGUCAAACUCAGAGGUGCAUUACAAUGGCUGCAUAGGCAAUGCCUUGGUAUCCAACCGGUUGGAGAAAGCUUCGAUGCAUUCCAGCAAACUAGUGCUGCCUGAUCUCCCCGCUUCAUACAACAGUCAAGACACCACACCGUUGGCGGAAGAAAUUCUCACGCCCACAAGCCCAGUUCGAGCUAGAACACCAGUGCAAACUCCAGGGACCACAACUCUCAAGGAACCCAGGCCCUCCAAGGGCCAACCGUCGUACCAGCUGGUGCCAGAAUCAACAAAAAGCUCAACCAUAAGCAGAGCACGGUCUUCGGCGCCUACAACAUCCAGACAAAUCUCGCGCCAGAACACAGACCAACUGACGAAAUCAUCAAGCAAGACUUCUGGCAGAAUAAAUGAAAGCCGUGCUCCAGUUAGCGCCAUUUCCCCCACAAACUCUGCUUCCGAAAGCUCUCUGAAAAUGACUUCUAUGCUCAUGAAGUCAGCACGCAUAUUCCACAGAAAUCACCACAAUCACGCAUUUAGCCAGGGCCAAAGCUCUCAGAGCCUGAGCGUUAGCUCGGGUCAAACACAGACUCACAAUUUGGCAAGUCUAAGGGGUGGCAGCCCUAGUCCAAACCCAGUGCCUCAAAGCUCUUAUGCUAAUCAGGUCAAGCAACACAGGGCGUCUGGUACAUCUACGCCAUCUACUUCCCCAGCAAGACACAUGACCCAAUCUCCGCCUCAUAAUCUAUCAUCACUCACGACUGAGUCCAUUGAUACUGUGAGUGAUGAAGGUUCACUACUGAGUGGCGCCUCCAGUAAUGUGGACAAAGUUAAGAUCGAUUCUACUACGUUCACAGGCGAGAAACCGAAAGCUGUCGAACGAACGUUAAGCCCGGAUGACUCGACCUCUUUGGGCUCUGGUCUGACUGGGGAAGGCUUGUUCGCAGCGAAAGAUUCAGCUAUCGAAUCAGGUGUGCUUUCUGUGACGGUAUUUUUGUUCGGUGGUUUUGUCAAGUACGUUGACGAGAAUGAAAGGACCGCUUUUAGAGCGACUAAUGAUCUUUUGAGACUCGAGCUUAUUAUUGAAGACGGCCAAGCAGGAAAGUUCCACAAGGAAGCCCUUAUCUUCGAUGCCGCAGACCGCAACGAAAAUACCAUGUGGCCGACAAGGCGUGGCUUCUUCGCCUACGUGUUGGUUAAUGUGGACUCCGCCAACGAGGCUUGCUCAAACCAGACCCUAUCCCAGGACCUUGAUGCCGAUGAGGCCCCCAAGUCUCGCACCGAGGGAAAUCAGGAAGUUCUCUCGACCAGCGAAACGUCAACGAGAUCAAGCACACAAUCAACUGAUAACUUCUUGAGCAGGCGAGGUUUAAUGAUUCAAGGAGGUGUGGAUGAAAAUAAUCGUGUUUGCAGCGAUAUUUACAUAUUCAACUUCAACAAAUCCCAGUGGCACAGACAGCAGAGCUAUGCUUACGACUACUACAACGAGCCAAAACAACCAUUCGAAGAUGAGCAAUGUGACAAGCUCACUUUGGAAGCAGCAUCGAACGAUGCUCCAUUGGUGGAGGCCGAGCUUCGUGCCUGUCAUCACCAUGCACUUCUUUACGAGCAAGACAACAGAGAAUAUGUUCUCUUCGUUGGUGGCUUUGUGAACGAUUACCUCAGGCAUUUUGACCCUGAGCCAUACGUUAGUGACCGCUACGAUGUCUCUAGACUCGCAAGAUUCUCCCUCACAACGACAAAUCCGAACUUACUAAGGAUACCAGCAUUGAAUCUUCGAACACAAACAUGGAUAUUCAUGAGAUUCUUUUUUGAUUUACGAGAAAACAUAUCGGGCAAAACCAUGGACCUACUCAUGGGAAAUCCCUACUUCCGCAACUCCAGAAUGGUAUUCUACGGCGGAGGGUGCUCGAUCCUAGGAAAACAAAUUACCUUAUGCCAUGGCAUGGUGGACUUUGUGUCAGAAAAAGCAGAGUACUUUGACAGAUAUAAAGACCAACUCAAGAUGUCUUCCCAACAGAAAAUCCAGGCUGCCGAGUCCGAGUUGGACAUGGUCACAGGCAUGUUCAACUCUCUCGUGGAGCAGUGUCACACCAAGUGUAUCAACAAGUCAUACGCCGAGGGCGACCUUAACAAGCAGGAGUCUCUCUGCUUAGACAGAUGUGUCUCGAAGUACUUUGAGACCAACGUCCAGGUUGGCGAGAACAUGCAAAAAUUGGGCCAGUCCGGUCAGUUCAUGGGAAGAAGAUAG